UCCAUACAAUAUGAUCGCUAUUCUUUUGCUUUCGCUGGUAUCGACAGCCUUGUGCGCGCCACAAUGGCCAGGCGGUCCAGCACACUAUGCGUACCACGCGCCCGCUGCGCCCCUCGGACCUGACGGCCGUGUCAUCGAUACACCUGAAGUAGCCCAGGCUAAGUCCGCUCACUUUGCAGCUCUUGCCGAAGCCGCGGCGCGUGCACCUAAAGGUGGACCAGGUCCCUAUGAUGGACCUGCUUAUGGUCCAGGACCAUACCUUGGCGGUGGUUAUGCGCCACACUACAGUGGUCCACCUGCUCCCUUGGGACCUGAUGGUCGCGUAAUCGAUACACCCGAGGUCGCUCAAGCUAAAGCCGUCCACUUCUCGUUGUACAGCGCGGAAGCUCAGAAAGCCGCUGCCGCAGGACCUGGCCCAACACCAGGCCCAUACCCAGGUGGUCCAGGUCCAUAUAACGACGGCUCUUAUAACCCAGCUCACGACUACUAUUAAAUAGCGAGCAAUCGACACUUACAUCACCCCAAACUAAUACUCACCACAAGUAGCGCGCCUCUCCGCUUUACGGUCUUUUAUAGUGGAAGCAAUGGGUUCGAUGAUUCCAAAUCCUGAGGGAAUGUAUAACGAAG